AUGGCGCCGGCACCAGACCAACUCUCCUCGCCCGGGUCCGUGAGCUAUGAUUCCGACACCAUGGUGGUGGGGGAUGGGACGUGGGACUUUACCAAGAACACGUUCCUGCUCCCCAACUUGCAGGGCACCGACUUUGACACCAUGCGAUACAAUGGAAUGGGCAAUCGCUUCUCCACGCUCCACCAGUACCACACCAUCAUCUUGGCCCACGGCAUACUGGCGGCCAUGGUUUUUCUCUUCCUGAUCCCCUUCUCCGUGAUGCUUAUUAGGUUCUAUUCGAGAGACCCGGCCUAUACGAUUCGAUACCACGCCCGCCUCCAGGUUUUCUCCUGCUUGCUCCUGACGGCAGCCUUCAUAUUGCCCUUCUUCGCCGUCGGCCCCAAGCGAGCCCUGUCGAACCCGCACCAUGGAAUUGGCGUUGCCAUCUUUGUCAUGUUCGUCGUUCAGCUCGUCGGCGGUCGAAUAAUCCAGCACAUUGCCAAGAUGCGGUCCCUUCGCAGAAUGCUUCAUCAGUGGCUGGGUCGAGCCAUCGCAAUCCUUGGAAUCGUCCAGAUACCUCUCGGCCUCACCUUGUACGGAUCGCCCAAGGUUCUUUUCAUCUUGUACGCCGUUUGGAUGGGAUUCCUGUUGCUGGUCUACUUUGUUCUCAGCUACCAGGCCGAGGGCCGUCGAGACCAUUAUAUUUCGGGAGGUCGCUCCGAAGCAGGCACUCGCAUCACCGAAUCCGAGUACUACUCUGAGCAUAGAGAGGAGCACCAUUCAAAAAUGAAAUGGCUAGGCCCCCUUGCCGCCGCCGCAGGGGUGUUUGCAUUGACCAGAGGACGCAAGAAUCAUGAUGAUGAUCGUAGCCGAGUUCGCAGCAGGUCCCCAUCCAUGGCGAGAAGCCGUGGCCCAACCGUCAUCUCAUCACGGCCAAGCUACUUUUCGGAGAAAUACUCGGAUCUUCCGGCGCAGCGAAGCGGCGGUAAUGGCAUGCUAAAGGCAUUAGGGGGUGCAGCAGCCGUUUUUGGUGCUGGAAAGCUCUUUUCCAACUUUAUGAGCCGUCGUGAUCGACGAGAUGAGGAAUACUCGGCUGUAUCUACCGAAACCCCGCGCCGCAACAGGUCUGGACGCGCCAUGACCAUCAGCGAAUACGCCAGCGAGUAUACCGACGAUGCAUCCACCAUUCCGCCGUCGCGCGCCCCUGCCCCUACUCAGACCGCUUCCGCUUUUGGAGGCCGUGACUCGGUUCGACGUCCGUCACCACCUCGUUCGAAUGUCCGCGGCAACGCACGAUAUGAUGAUUCCGAAUAUUCGUCCUACGUUUCUCCUUCGCGACGGCCGCAAGAUGGAGCUGGCGGUGGUGGCGGCGGGUUUGCCAAGGGCGUGCUUGCUACCUUGGGAGUCGGAUGGCUCGCCAAAAAGUUCGCCGGUAACCGCGCCAGGAAAGAGGAAGAAGAACGAUUCAGGGAAGAAGAGGAGAUGAGGUCUGGCACUCAGUUCUCUAGGUACAGCAACACCAACACCGAAUACACAUCUCCGAUUAGAAGGGACUCCCGCCGUCCGCCCCCCCAGAGGCGUAGCACCGUUACAGGAACCGAAUUAUCUUCAGACAUGACGGAAUCUACGUUUGACACUCAGACUGAACUCUCUCGCCCACCUCAAAAGGCGCCGCUGAGUGCCGCUGUCAGAGUGCCACCUAGCACAUCCGCGUUGGCCCCUGGCGGAUCGCCCCCAGCCAGGCGUGGCGAGCGUUUGUCCAUGCCCGCCAUGCCCAGCGACCCCCACGGCAUUCUCCAUUCCGAGGUAUCUGAUUUGACUUCUGUUGCCGACCGGCCCACGGGACGCAAUCCGUCUCGACGACAAAUGGACAGCGAAAGAGCUGCAGCUGAGGCGGCGGCGCACAAAGACCGAAACGUCACACUGCGAAAGCUUACUGAGGAGGAGUCUUUGGCGCGGAGAAGCCGAAUGAACUCGCAAUCUAGCCUGUCCGAGUCUCCUACCAAGGGGGGUCGCCGAUACCGCAGGGAUGAUAGCCAGAGGAGGGCAGAGUCGGCAGCCGAAAGCAGGGUCGAAAGCAGAGUUCAGGACGAUGUCAGCAGAGUAGGACCGCUCUCGCCGCCAAACCCAUCGUACGCCAAGGACAGACGCGGCAAAGAUUCAGGUUACUACUCCGGCCAGCCUGCCCAGCAGCCCGGUCAACCCGGGCCCUCGGCUCACCUAGCACCGCCGCCCAUGCAACUGCCCAAUGCCAGCGUCUCUAGUGUCGGCAGUCAUGGCACAUGGAGUGGCAUGGGACCUCCGACGGAAGUCCCAAGCGGACCGCCGGUCGCACAACCGGUUGUACCGCCAGUCGUACCGUCAACCGCACCGCCAACAGAGGUCAAGGACGACAAGGGUAACGAGUCGGCUGCAGACAACAGAAGAAGGCGGCGAGCGGAGCGACGACGAGCCAGCAGCAGCCACCCUCCCCCAUCUGGAACGGACACAUAUACGACUGACACGUAUGAUGAUACCGAGAGGGGAUAUUGA